AUGAAUGGAGUAUUGUUUUUGUUGUUAUUCUCAUACCGUCAGACGUUUGAUGACUCCACCUCAAGAUUUACCAGGAUUUGGGAAAGAGUUACCCUUUUCUUGCAGCAGAUAGGUGGAGAAAACUUUAUUCCAUUCAGCUUGGAAUCACUAAAAUUUCUGUGUUGUCUUUUUUUGUUGCAGAUAGCUGCUGCUUUAUGGUGGUAUUAUGUCUCUAAAGGAAUUGAAUAUUUGGAUACAGUAUUCUUCAUCCUGAGGAAGAAAUUUAACCAAAUUAGUUUCCUUCAUGUCUAUCACCAUUUCACCAUGUUCACCUUGUGGUGGAUUGGUAUUAAGUGGGUUGCAGGAGGACAAGCUUUUUUUGGAGCUCAGAUGAAUGCAUUUAUUCAUGUCAUUAUGUACAUGUAUUAUGGAUUAGCUGCCUGUGGACCUAAAUUUCAGAAGUACCUGUGGUGGAAGCGAUACUUGACCAUAUUGCAAUUGGUGCAGUUCCAUGUGACUAUUGGCCACACAGCCUUGUCUAUUUAUAUUGAUUGUCCUUUCCCUAAAUGGAUGCACUGGGGUGUAAUUUUCUAUGCUGUCACCUUCAUUUUCCUGUUUGGUAAUUUCUACUAUCGGACAUAUAAGCUGCCCAAGGAACCUGUAAAGAAUGGCAAAAUAGCAAAUGGUGCUGUUGCAAAUGGAGUAAACAAACCAGAAAAUAAUGCAGUGGUGGAAAAUGGAAAAAAGCAGAAAAAGGGAAAAGCAAAAGGAGAGUAACUUGAUCCAGGCCUUAACCAUUGUUGGCAGUGAGGAACCUCCGGUUUGGUUUAUAAAAGGAAGAAAAAACCACUAUCUGUACCAAUUAACCUUAGGUUACUGAAGAGCUAGAACACAGAUAUUUUCAUUAUUUAUGAAGAUUGUUUUAAGAACAACACUAAAGUUGAAUUUCUAUUGUAAUUAUGUAAUUAUCAUGCAUAUGGUCUCUGUGUAAACUUGUAGACUGCUGGUGUUGGUGAAUGUAAGGAAGAAUUGCAGUUGAUUCCAUGUUUAGCAGUCCAAAGUUAAUACUACCAUUGAUACAGGCAGUUUUGUUGGCACCCACAUUUCUUUGGGGGGUGGGGGGGGAGGGAAGGAAAGGAAGUAGCAUUUGGAUACUUGUGUUUUCUUUCCAGAAAAUUAUUAAAUUUCAAAUUAUGACAUAUUAUCUAAUCAGAAUGUGCAACUUUUCUUGUCCUCCUUGAAGAGUAUCUUCAGACGCAUUAUGUUUAUGUGCUGUCAGAACAGUGUUUGACUUUUCAGACAUUACUUGAUUUAACUCAGUGUCUGUUACAGUUUUUGGUUUGGUUUUUUGGUUUGGUUUUUUUUUUUUUCCUCGUGUGGAAAUAUACCUACCUCUUCAUCUGCUGGAAAGAAUAUUGAGCAUUAAAUAACUGGUUUCUGAAA